GCUCUACCCAGAAUGCUGCGCGCGGCUGUCUCCCCCGCUCCCGCCAUCUUGGCCGCACACGGCAGCGACGCCCAGGCGCCCGCACGGAGGAUCGGCGAAUCCGUCGGCAUCCGCGCCCUUGUGAGCGCCAUCAUGCCCGGAAACCUGCAGGAGGGCUUCGGCUGCGUUAUAAACAAUAGAUUCGAGCAGUUGCUCGAUGACGAGACCGACCCGUUCGAGCUGCUGAAGGAGGCGCAGCUUAAGAAGGAGCUCGCGGGGGGCGGCUCGGCUAAGGCUGCGUCCAAGGCGGGACCCCCCGGCACCAAACCCCCCCCGAAGAAGGAGUCGCAACGCGACAGGAGGGCGCCCACCACGGGCCAGGUCACCGACGCAAAACCGGCCGAGCAGCCGGCGACAACGGCCGUCAAGAGAGCCGAAGGUUCAGGCCCGAGAAGGAUAGGCCGUCGUCCUGACCAACAGGGACCGUUCCAGGGGCCGUUCCAGGGCCAGGGAGGCCAGGGACAAGGAGGUCCGGGACAGGGAGGCCCGGGACAGGGUGGAGAAGGACGACCGGAAAGGCGCGGUGGCGGUGUAGGAUUCACCGGAGAGGGGCGGCCCGAGAGGCGUGGGGGUGGCCCCCGGCCUGAGCGUCGCUUUGCGGAGCGGCUCAACGAAGAGCGGCCCGAUGGAUCAACCGAGAUGUCUUCCGAGAACAGGUCGAUGGAUCGGCCUCAGAGGGGCCGAGGCAACUUCCGAGGCUUCCGGGGACGUGGCCGAGGCAUCGGACGCAACCCUGAUGGAUUUGACGGACGCGGAAAACGCGAGUUUGAGCGGCACAGCGGCAGUGACAAGACUGGUCUGAAGCCGGAGGACAAGCGUGGAGGAAGUGGCUCGCACAACUGGGGCAACGCCAAGGACGAUGCCAGUGAGAUUGACCAACCGCCAGCCACUGAGGAGCAUGUGGAGCACGAGGAAGUACAGACCACUGAAACCGAGAACAAGGAAAACGAAACCGACGAAACAAAGGAUGAGGAGGAGGGAUCCAAGGAGAUGACGCUUGACGAGUGGAAGGCUGUGCAGGAGAAGGCACGUGCUAAGGCCCAGUUCAACAUCCGCAAGCCUGGCGAGGGGUGCGACUCUGCUCAGUGGGGCAAGAGCUACGUCAUGCGCAAGACCAAGCCCGUGGAGGGAGAGGUCCAGCUGGAGUCUACUGCCGACCAUCAUUUCCGCCGUUCGUCCAAUGACAUAACCUCCAAGCUUGAGAUCAACUUCGGGGACCACUCUCGGCGUGGACGUGGCGGUCGAGGGGGCGGUGCACCGCGUGGAGGUCGUGGUGGAGGUCCCAUGGCCGGCGGACCCCCAGGCGCUGUUGUCGGAGGUCCAGGUGUUGUCGUCGGGGCUCCAGGCACUGCUCCUGCUGGUCCCAGUGCCAGUGCCAUUGUCGCCGGUGCCCCAGGGCCGUCUGGCAUGCCACCACCUCGCGGUGGAGGCAGGGGCAUGGGCCGUGGUGCUCCCAGAGGAGAGAGGCCGUCGGCUGUGAUCGUCCCGAACGUGGAUGACCCAGAGGCUUUUCCCGCUUUGGCCUAGAAGCCAGAAAGGAUGGAGUCGUCACGCCUGCUUUAAUGCUCCUCCCAGAAAACCACAUGACAGCACAGGAGUUCAACUAUUAUUAACGUUAUUAUAUGUGAUUUACAUUAAACUCUUGGCUUUCAGUUUUGUUUCAAUGCAAACCCCUUCACUGGCAACACUGUCAGCCGGCAUGUAACUUGUCAAACCCGAUGGCAGUUGGAGAAACAAUUACGUGUGCUAAAAUGGGGUUCCCCUGGUUCACAUGGAGGCAAACGUCGCAAUUUUCUUCCCGCUCAUUAAAUAAAAUGCACCAUCGGUGGGGCACGCUACACUAGCGCCAUUCCUGCCACCAACUUGGAGACAUAGGGGUCAAAUGAUGAAUUAUGCUCCCAUAUACCCAUGCGUGACUGAAGUGAGCGACUAUCCAACCCCAAUGUCUCUGAUUGUUGGCCGUGCUUUUCAAGAGCAUGUUACCAUUGGGUUCUCCACCUAGCCGCCAUCACUGAUUUGGUACAGUAUUUAAUGCUACCAGUGUUUGAAAUUUGUGUUAAAUGACCUUUAAAAAAUGAAAAACACUACUACUGAUCAUUUAGUUUUUACAAGUUCACUUAAAGUUUCAGUGGCUUGUUUUUUUAUUUUGCCAGUGAAGGGGUUAAUCAGUUUUGCUUACAGUGACAGUAGUGACUGUUUUUCAACUCAAAGCAGGGGACAAAUGGGUGGUGUUUUUUUUGUGUAUACGCUUUCGCAGACGACGGGCGUUUUCACACUCACUCUGCGUCAUGGCAAUGGCAUGUUUUUGCUCACUUAAGGGCAACAUUGUGCAUAUUUGCCAGUUUCUCACUUCCUCUACGUUGCAAUGGUGAUGGGGAGGCAAGUGGUGGUCAUGGAGAAGGGGUGAGGGGGGGUGGCGGGUUAAAACACUUAGAACACCGCAGUGUUUAGCUUGUGGAGAUUUAGAGCAUGGCAUGAUGACGUUUCCUAGUGUGUGGGGAUGUGCGCCCACAUUGUGUGUUACCUGUAUACCAUCCUAGGUGAGUAGCAGCUGCUUUGCGUGUGCCAGCCAAUGGCCACGCACCUCCGUCUCGUACAUUCAAACCAAGACGAAAAAAAGAUGCAGUCGUCUGCUGACAACUUUUUGCGAGAAAUUCGUUCACAAAGACGUCUUUACAAAUUGCCGUGAGCCACAUGCGAAGGGGGCGCGGUGAGCGUGAAAAGGGCCCACUAUCAGUUGUGCAACGCUGUUAAGUGUCUCCGCUAGAAAUGUGUUCUCCUUGGAAGAUGUGCUGCUGCAGGGUCGUUAUAUUCUGGUGGCGAUAUUUGAGUGGGUGGUGUUUUCUUGUGAAUACAUUUGCCCCCCCCCCCUUUCCGUGCAGUAUGCAAGUCUGCGGGUGUAACCUUUUCGGACUAAAAGCUUGCAAUGUUUGCAGUGCAACUUUUAUUUUUCAUGAUCAAAGUUUUCUUUUUCUUAUGUAGGUUUAUUAGAAAAAAACUGUUCAACUGACUUGUAGUUUAAAAAAAUUGGUGUUCAGUUUUGGGGUUGCAAUAGUUACUGCUUUGCUCUGGCCUCUGAACUGAUUGAUUUGGACAGUUUAACAUUUUUUCCUUUAUUAUUUUGUAUGGAGAAACCACCACUUGAUCUUGUACAAAUGUGCAACCCAAGCGACUCGACAACUCGUGCUGUGCGACCAGAAUAAAGACAGGAAUGCUGUGGAGAGGAGACUUACGUUAAUAUGGUUUAUUGAGAGUUUUUCACAAAAGAGGACUGCUGUUAAAUUAAAAGACUUCUUUUUUUUUGGUGGAGUGAUGGUGGGAAUGUAAAGACCCUUGGCUUGGCAUACCUUUUUGGCAACACUGUUCAUUAAACACAUCCUGAUAAAAAACAA